GUUUAUGACUAAAAUUUGCAUACAUUCCAUAGCGACUGUAAAGUCAUCAUCGCCAUUUAAUCCAUCAAAACAUCUCAAUUGCAAAUUCAUCAUAAAGCUGAAACUUCUGAAAACCCAACUCAUUGCUUCCAUGCCAAGAAGUAUUGGACAGAAGUUUCUUUCACAUUCUUCAUCUUCUGGACUCUGUCAGCCAGCUAAUGGAAGACAAUGAGUUCGGCUGUCCAAGAUUUACUUGAGAGAAAAAAUAAUCCUGAGCAUCGUAACUGGCUGGCUGUUGGUGAUGCCCUCCUGAUUCUCAGUGAUGGCAUCCGAAAGUAUGCUGGGACUAAACUCUCGGAUCUUCAUGCUGUUAUAACCCUAAAUGUUGGGGCUGGGGUCAGAUGUCAUUGCAGCUAUACUCUAGGGAAGAAACCAAACCCUCAUGGCCGAACAACAAUCUGCAAAUGGGCGGAAGAGCUAAAGAAGUUUCACAAGUUCUCGCGAAAAGAGCACAUUCCUUGGCACCAAAGCGACAGUAGUCAAUGGCAUGAUCCAGUGCGUGGAACCUGGGAGAUCGCAAAGUUAUUUAUGUCUGAACUAGGGGAAAAUACAGCAACAACUAAGGAUCCGAACACAACCGAUUGUGCAUCGCUUUUAAACCUGCUAAUUAAUUGUAGCCAUUUUAAGAUUCCAAGUGCUGUACUAAAAGCUGUUAAAAAUUGGCGGAAUACAUGGGCUCACGCACCUAAUCAAAAACUUAGUGACAGUGGUAAACAAGAUGCUUUUAAUGCAAUUUCUGUCUUGUUAAAUGAUCCCGAGUUCACUGGCAACAAAGAUGUUCAAACAUGCCUCUCGCUUAUUAGAGAUACAGAAAAGGCAGAUUUUGCAGGCCUACAAAAUCAGGUAACAAUCAUUCAAAAAUAUGCUCAAGAAAUAAAGGACACAUUGGACGAAAUAAAACGAGAAAUUCGACCUCCAAGAAAGGAUGACAUAUUUUCAAAUUUUAUAAUAGCAAUAAGUUCUAUUAUUCUUGCUGCACUCCUGUCCACAGCAUCCACCGUUCAGCGCAAACUUUCUGGAGUACUUUGGUCUUUGAUGGCAUUUUUUAUGUUAUCCCAAGUUGGGGACAAAAGUUUAAUAUCGGAUUACGGUUGUCCGAGUGCAGUGAUCAAAUCACCGAUAAGCCACUUUGAUUUUCAAGAGUUUGAUUUCUCUGCUUACCUAGCAUAUAAAAGAGAGGGAUUCGUUGGUCGAAAGUGGUUUUUCUUUGAAAUAGAAACUAUCUUCGAGGAAAGCUUAAGAAUUACUGGUGUUCUUAUCACAGGAGAGCCAGGAUCUGGAAAAUCAGCCUUAAUGUCUCAACUGAUAUGUUCACCAUAUUCCAGUCUGUUGAUUCACGAAAACAUCAUUGGGUAUCAUCUGUGUGAAUAUUCUGAAAAGGGAAAACGCAGUGGGGCGAGAUUUGUUCGCAAUUUGGUUGAUCAAAUUGCUGCUCGGCUGCCAGAGUACGCCAAAUAUGUUGCAAACAAUGAAAGAGUUCGAGCGGAAUUGGAUGCCCGUUGUCACAAAGACCCCACGGAAUGUUUCUUCUCCACAAUUGUUGGUCCUUUACGAAACUUGAAACCACCUGAUAACCCCAAGUUUAUUGUAAUAGAUGCCUUGGAUGAAUGCUUGGAAAGUGAUGUACAAACGUCAGAAAUUAUAGAUAUUUUGAAAAAUAAAAUACUCCAUUUUCCAAAAUGGUUAAAGGUCAUAUUAACCUCUCGGAACCUGACCGCAGUCACAUCUAGACUCCCCUUGAUGCAGAUCAAUAGAACAUCGUUGUUCGCCACAGACGAACGGAAUAUAAACGACAUAAAAUAUUAUGUAUCCCGCUUCGUGUCUCAAAACUCGCAGUUCUCAGACAGGCUGUUGACUGCACUGAAAAUUCAUUCAGGGACUGAAGACAUGAAAAUAUUCCUGGACGAAGUCAUUACUCGAUCAGAAGGAAACUUUUUGUUUGUAAAAACGACACUGCAAUACAUAAAUGAUGCUGGCGGGAAAAUUAACCUUAAGUCUUUACCGACAAGUCUGUUUGAUUUGUAUACUAUUUUCUUCGAGAGACAAUUUGGUGUUGGAGGAUUUGGGCCAUUCAGGUAUUUCUUUGAAGUGCUUUUGGCAGUUUAUUCACCUCUCCAUUUGCAGGAAGUUGAAGACAUCCUUCGAAGCGAGUAUGAAGCGGUUGGCUUUAAAAAACGUAUUGGACACGUUUCGUGUUUUUUGCGAUUUGGACGCGAUGGAACUGUGCGAAUCUACCAUCAAUCUUUUUCUGAAUGGUUAAAAGGUCAGGCUACUGUUUUUUCGAUCAACCAAACUAGAGGUCAUCAAAGUAUCGCUAGGUUUUCACUGCGUCGCAUGCGCAAUAGAAAGGAAGACAUCACGUUUGGGGAACUAACUGAACUUUUCAUGCAUAUCCUGUCGGGAAGAUCUCUGGAAGUUCAAGAAACCGCUUUAAAUCUUUUUAAUGUCACCCAAAUACGCGAGCAUUGGACUAACCAAUCCAUUCUACAUUAUCUCGUUCGAAGACCAAUUAUCUACCAACCUGUACUUGAUUUCUUCUUGCGAAAGUUUCAAACCGUCGACGUACUUGAUUUCAGGAACAAAACGCCAGCAUUCUACGCCGCGUCUGAAGGACUUGUUAGAAGUUUGCAAAGCUGUAUAGAAAAUGGGGCAGACAUUAAUGCCUUUUUGGAAGGAUACAAGAAAUUGGACCCAGUCACUGCCGUUGUACGAAAUACUGGUAUCGAGGAGUUCAGUUUGUUGCAUGUUGCAGUUGCCAAGGGAUACACGAAUGUCGUUGAACUGUUGUUGAAGAGCAAUAUAACCAGUCCCGUUUCUGCUAAACAUUACCCAACACCACUUCAUUUAGCCGCAGCAAAUGGUGACUUAGAAAUGGUUAAAACUCUCUACGAACAUAGAGAAAAUUUUGAUCAAGUUGCACUUCAUCAUGCGGCAGCAAGAAAUCAUUCAGCAAUUGUGAGAUUCAUAUUAUCGACAGUUGGACUGCGCGAUGCCUGCUUAGAAUGUCAACAUGAAUAUUUUUGGCAACUAAGCAAGAAAACAAUACACGAAAUCCAUGCGUUCUUUUGUGAGACUGCUCUUCAUGCUGCAGUAUCCAGAGGACUUGUUGAUAUGGUUCAGCUCUUGUUAGAUUUUGGAAAAGAAGCUCUAGAAUGUAAGCACCAUUCUGGGAAGACUGUUUUAAUGGAUGCCGUGGAAAGAAAUGAUACAGAAAUGGUAGAAUUGCUUUUAAAACAUGGCGCAAAUGCCACUGCAGUUUGCGGACAAAAAAUUACAAGGGAUAUUAGCACUAAAUUGUGUUCUAUUUUUCACAAGCAUAUGCAUGAAUUUAUGUAUAAAGUCUACUGCGCUAACGAGAUUUGUAAUUGUGGUUACAGCGCCAUUCACAUAAGUGCAAAGUAUGGUUUAUGGAAAGUUGCAGAAAUAUUAUUUAAUCAUGAACGAAUAGAAGAUCUUUUGGACUGUGCUGGGGAUAGUGCAGCGCAUGUCGCCGCCGUGUAUGACCACCAAGAUUUUCUUCAAAACUAUAAUAUUUCACUAGAAAAAAUAGGCCAGCACCUUGUUCGAUCAAGUACCAUCAGCCUAGCAGUUCAGUAUUGUUCUGCUCAAGUGACGAAACUUUUACUGAAUUAUCCAUCCGAUGAAGAUGAGAACAUGUGGGAACUUUUAUUGCGAAGUGUUAGGUGGUUCUCUCUUUCUGAAAAGAUUUAUUCUUCCUAUUGUUUAAAAGCUUUUGCUGCUAAUAGUCUUUCGGAGGCAGAAGAGAUGCAAAAAGAAUCGGAAAGGCGCUUAAACAUGUUAAAACUAUUAAUUGAUGCGCAUCACGAUAAACUUUUGGUUUUGUACAAGGAAGAAAAUGAGAUGACUCUUUUACAUUAUGCUGCUUCUUUUGGGUUCACAGAUGCUGUAAAGUACCUGGUUGAACUUGGAGCUAACACACUGUUGACAGAUAAAAAUGGUAAUACUCCAUUAAUGAAUGCAUUGAAAAAUUCGCCGGUGAAUAGCCCAACUGUUUCGUAUCGUUGCUACACUACAAACGAUGGUUUUUUUACUUCGUGCACAACUAAUUCCUACGAUGAGUCGGUAAGUUAUCUAAUUAAAUCGCAGAGAGCCAGCAUUUCAAAAUGUGAUCACAAAACUGCAUUUAUGCUGAAAAAUGUUAUUUUAAAGCGGAUGCCUUUGAGUUUAUAUGCUUUAUUGGAUAUUGGCGUUGAUUGGAACUGUCGACUACAUGAUGAUUUUUCUCCAAUGUUAUUUCAUUUAUUUACUGGUGGUUGGGAAAUGACAGAAUUACUGAAAAUGUUUGAAGUUGAUGGUUCUCUAAAAUGUGGGGUUUCUUUUUACGAGUCAGAACUCCACCAAAUGGCCUACUUUGUAAAGCCCGGUGAAUUUGGUAAUUUUUUUAAAGCUCGUAAUCAGAAGCGUUUACCUUUACAAAAAUUUAUUGACCGUCAUCCAAGAGGUGUUCGGAUAGUAGACGAAUGUUACGAUGAUAAAGGAUUUUUACCAUUGCACCAUGCUAUUCAAGGUGGCAAUCUUUAUGCCAUAAAAUGGCUUAAAAAUAUUGGAGCGAACUUGCUGCUUGAAACAAGAAAUGGUUUGACUACUAUUGAGUCCUCUAUACAUUGUUUAGGAGAUGGUAAUUGUCGUAGUGCCUAUACCGAUUCCUUGAACGAUCUCGCAAACUUCCGCAUUGAAUGUUUUGAAGAAAUAUUGCGAACUUUUUUCGAAUACUCGCGAAAAAAUUAUAGUACAAGUUUUUCGUCCGUUUUGUUUGACAAUUCUCGUAAUCCUGAACCACCUAUUUUAUCCCUUGCAAGCGAAGUUGGAGUAAACGUGGUGAAAAUUGUGUACGAGAAAGCCUUAGCUAUCAUACCGAGUUUAAAAAGAAAUAAAUAUAUGAUUCUCAAUGAGCAAGAUGCAGACGGAAAUACACCACUUCAUCAUGCAGCGUCUCACGGUUUUGAAAAUGUUGUUAAAUAUCUUGUGGAAGUUGGUUGUGAUAUUAAUAUUAGGAACAGGUUCAACAAAACGCCACUGCUGACUGCACUCCUAGGUGCUCCUCCUAAUUUCAUUAAAUCUGAGAUGAAACAUCACUGCUACACCACAAGUGACGGUGUGUUCACCUCUUGCGAGACCACGCCCUACGAUUUCAUCGUAGGGUACCUAAUCUCGUCACAGAAAUCAAGAAUCUCAAGAUGUCACGAUGAGAAUGCAUUUAUAUUAGAUGUUCUGAUUAGGAAACGUAUGCCGCUAGGUUUGUAUGCGCUUUUGAAAAAUGGCGUCGACAUAAAUUGCCAAACGAAUAAUGAAUCAUUCUCUAACUUUUUGAAACAUAUAAUAAAAGGUGGGCAACAAGUAAGUGAGGUGCUGAAAAUGUUUGGAGUAAAUGUUUUAGUCCAAUGUGGAAAACCUUUCCUUUUGUCAGAGCUUCAUCUUAUUGCUUACUUACCAGUAAGUGAUAAUUUUGGCAAUUUCUUUAAACCCUCUCAAAAUGGUAAGCGUUCGCCUUUACAAAGAUUGAUUUAUCGUUAUCGCAAAGGUGUUCGUAUAUUAAGUGAUUGUUACGAUGCGAGUGGAUAUUUACCAAUACACUAUGCUAUCAUGGGUGGAAAUCUUGAUGCUUUAAAGUGGUUUAAAGAAAUUGGAGCCAACGCGUACCUUAAAGAACGAGACAGCGUCAAUGCUCUUCGUCUUUCUAUAUUAUGUUUGGGGGAUAAUAAUUGUUCAGAAGUGGAAUCAGACUUGCUCAACAAGUUUUCCUCGACAAAUUUCGUUAAAUCCCAUUUAGAUCACCGCUGCUACACUACAAAUGACGGCGUGUUCACGUCUUGCGAAACAACACCGUACGAUGAAAUCGUUAGAUACUUAAUCUCAUCACGGAAAUCAAAAAUUUUCAGAUGCGAUAAUGAAACUUCAUAUAUAUUACAUCUUCUGAUUACAAAACGUAUGCCACUGAGUUUAUAUGCUCUGUUGAAUAGUGGUGUGGAUAUAAAUUGUCGAAUGGAAAAUGAAUCGAACUCCAACUUUUUAAAACAUAUGAAAAAUGGAGGACAACAAGUGAGUGAAGUGUUAAAAAUGUUCGAGGUGAAUGUUUCGGUCCAAUGUGAUAUACCAAGCUCCUUGUCAGAGCUGCAUUAUAUCUCAUAUGUACCAGAAUCCGGUAAUUUUGGUAACUUCUUUAAACCUUCACAAAAUGGAAAACAGUCUCCUUUAAAGCGUUUACUAGACCAUCACCCUAGAGGUGCUCGCAUAUUGAAUGAAUGUUACGAUGACGAAGGAUAUUUACCCAUACACAUGGCCGCGAAAGGAGGAAAUUUUGAAGCUCUAAAAUGGUUUCAGCGUAAAGGAGCGAACAUGCAUUUGAAAGCAAGAAAUGGGCUUACUGCUCUUUAUAUUUCUAUAUUAAAUUUAGGAAAAGCUAAUUAUGAAGUGAUUAGUAGGAAGCCAAAAUAUCGCCGAAGGAUAUUUAAGCUCUUGUUGCGAACAUUUUUUGGCGCAAAUCCGGAAUCCAAAUUACUAUGUGGUUCGAGCUUAGAUGGACUAUCUCUGUUACACAUUGCAGCAGUGAAGGGGAUGUCUGUGCUAAAAUACGUGCACAAAGAGGCUUCCAAGUUUCUUCCGAAUUUGCCUAUAAACUGCAUCAAUAAACACGGGAUUGAUCCAAUAUUUUUAGCUCGUUUUUACGAGAGUGUCCUGAAUGAAGGAAUUGUUGAAGAAAGCUGGUUUGGGGAAACUUAUGAUAUAUAUAUAAAUGACAUAAUGACAUUUUUAAAAAGUGGUAAUCAAUGGGAUAAGUCUGCUGACGAAAUUUGGAAAGAAGCAAAGCCACAUGAAGUAAAGAGACGUGGAAACUACAUGAAAUUGGAUUUCGGUGAUGACAAUGUGCCUCCUGCCCAAUACCCUGAUCGCGAGAUCAUGAAUAUCAUAGUAUUCAAUUACUUGUACCGUCCAAUGGAUACAGAAAUAAAUUCGCAUUUUGAAAGUGAAAAUAACCUUUUAACUGGUUGCCCAGGUUAUUAUAAUACACUACCAGAACAUAGAGACGAAGAGUUCAAACUAGAUAUUCCUGACUUAUCAAAAUGUUCUGAAAUACGUGAUGAUUUUCAUAAGCUGUUAUGCACAUUGGAAGUAAAAAGUAAACUCGUAAGAAAGAUAUGUUAUCAAGGACGGAAAAUACUUGAAUUACUUUUAAUACCGCGACGAAGGAGAGGCCGUCAGUUGAGUAGCUUCAUUUUAAAAGUCUUGGGCUGGACCGAUAGUUAUCGUGAGGACAAUGUUGCCCAUCAGUGGCCAUUUUACUUUUUACACAAAAUGUUUCAAAAGAAAUACGAGGCGUAUCGAUAUAUCACGGUUUUAAAUGAAGCAUUAGAAUUCACGAGUAUUCGCUUCGCUAUGUUGAAAUGAGCAGUUGGUUUAUGAGAAGCCUGGCGAUCAAGAUGACGAGGUCUUAUGUUGGAAAAUUCCGUGGAAUGAAAUGCCAAGACCAGACCUAGAAUAAUGCAUUUGUAUUAUGAUUUACCUCUUGUUACAUGAUUACUGUAUAUUUUUAUUCGACUUGAGUUUUCUGUGACGUUAUAAUUUUGAUUAUAUUUUUGUUCAACUUACAGUGAGGGUCAAAAG